UCCUCAUUCUCUGGGAGAAAGUUUGCGGAAAUGUCUGGACGUGGAAAGACCGGUGGCAAAGCCAAGAGCAAGCCCAAGUCUCGCUCGUCCCGGGCCGGACUGCAGUUCCCGGUGGGCCGUGUUCACAGGCUUCUGAGGAAGGGCAACUAUGCUGAGCGGGUGGGUGCCGGAGCGCCGGUCUAUCUGGCUGCUGUGCUCGAGUAUCUGACGGCUGAAAUCCUGGAGCUGGCCGGCAACGCGGCCCGGGACAACAAGAAGACCCGCAUCAUCCCCAGACAUCUGCAGCUGGCCGUCCGCAACGACGAGGAGCUCAACAAGCUGCUGGGAGGGGUGACCAUCGCUCAGGGCGGGGUGCUGCCCAAUAUCCAGGCCGUGCUGUUGCCCAAGAAAACCGGCGGAGUCACCAACCCCAAGAGCAAGUAAAUCGGCGAAACUUCAAUCGAACGACCCAAAGGCUC